CAGAGUCUGUACGGCCAGCCUGCGGUAGCUGAAGGAAUCUGGCUGACAUACACAUCGGCGUGGCCAGCGAGUCACUCAGUGAAGGGAAACAGUCGUGGAGUCGUCCGCUGAGAGCGGUAUCCAGCCUUCAUCACAGCGGGAACGGAGACUUUAUCGGCGGUGAAAACAGGAAAUGACCAUGAUGGCAGUCCUGGGCAGCGCCGGUCGCUUGAUCCAAUUUGCCAGGAGCGGCGUCAGUCUGGCUGUAAGGAGGCGCUCCACUGCAGCAGCUUUAGCCCAGACCUCGACUCCAGAAACGCAGGACAACAGGAAACCUAAGACGGGCAUCUUGAUGCUGAACAUGGGAGGACCUGAGAAACUGGAAGACGUGCACGACUUCCUGCUGCGGUUGUUCUCGGACACAGACCUGAUGAAACUCCCCAUACAGAGUAAGCUCGGCCCGUUCAUCGCCAAGCGCCGCACGCCGAAGAUCCAGGAGCAGUACAGCAAGAUCGGAGGAGGCUCGCCCAUCAAACACUGGACCUCCAUGCAGGGGGAGGGCAUGGUGAAGCUGCUGGACGAGAUGAGUCCUGAGACGGCUCCUCACAAGUUCUACAUCGGUUUCCGGUACGUUCAGCCACUGACGGAGGAAGCCAUCGAGGAGAUGGAGAAGGACGGAGUGGAGCGAGCCGUGGCCUUCACACAGUAUCCUCAGUACAGCUGCUCCACCACAGGCAGCAGUCUGAACGCCAUCUACCGUUACUACAGCAACAGAGGCGACAGGCCAAAGAUGCGCUGGAGUGUGAUCGACCGUUGGCCCACACACCCUCUGCUGGUAGAGUGUUUUGCAGAUCACGUCCGUAACGAGCUGCUGAAGUUUCCAGAAGACAAGAGGGACGAUGUUGUCAUUCUCUUCUCAGCACACUCCCUUCCAAUGGCUGUUGUAAACAGAGGUGAUCCGUAUCCUCAGGAAGUGGGAGCCACUGUUCAGAGAGUCAUGGAGAGACUGGGACACUGUAACCCUUACAGACUAGUGUGGCAGUCCAGGGUGGGGCCCAUGCAGUGGCUCGGCCCCCAGACGGACGACGUGAUCAAAGGCCUGUGUGAGAGAGGGAAGAGGAACAUCCUGCUGGUGCCCAUCGCCUUCACCUCCGACCACAUAGAGACUCUACACGAGCUGGACAUCGAGUACGGACAGGUGCUGGGGGAGGAGUGCGGGGUGGAGAACAUCAGGAGAGUGGAGUCGUUGAAUGGGAACCCUCUCUUUAUGAGGGCUCUUGCGGACCUGGUCCAGUCCCACCUGAAGUCCAACGAGCCCUGUUCCCGUCAGCUGACCCUCCGCUGCCCGCUGUGCACCAACCCCACCUGUGGAGAGACCAAGGCUUUCUUCGCCAACCAGCCGCUCUCAUAGAAACAAACACGCACACUCAGGUGCCCUUCCUGCAUGCAGCAAAGCUACCUGUGAAGAAACUUGAGGCCUUCUCCGAUAAACGGAUGACUCACACACACACACACACACACACACACACACACACCGUAAACAGGACAAAAUGGUUUCUGCAAAUACAUGGUGACGUUUGUUUUCGUCGUGUCGUUUAACCACAGCAAGUACUUUACUUUAUGGGGGAAAUAAUUACAGGGCAGAAAAUGUGUCACUCAAACACAAGUUAGCAUUUAGUAAAUCAUAUUUUAAUAAUCAGAGGAAUAGACAUUGUAGAGAAAAAAAAUGGACGGAUUGAGAUUGAUGAUUCAUUUCAAUGGAUGUCGAAAGAUGCAAAUAUGAUCAAUAAUACGCAAAAUGCUUAUCAAUUUGAAAAUACCCCCCCCAACACACACACAGAUUAACACAAAUAAGGAUUUGCAGAUACCAUUAUCGAAACAUCUUUGCCGAUAAAAGUGCUGACACUGCAGAAACCGCUUGCAUCAAAGCUUCAGGGAAAGUGCUUUGCACUAGUUUUUGUCUUUAAUUUUUAUUCUUUUUGUUUUCUUAUUGCAGUUCCCUUGGUUAAAUUCCAUUCGCUUAGCCCCUGCAAACCCCCAUCAGAGACCCUGUUUCAAUUCAUGCUAGUGCUAAACAAAUAACGGUCGGCCAUUACGACAACGACGACAACACCACUCGCAAGGGAUCCGGUCGGAUGGCUGUUUCCCCCCCCUUCCCUCCCCC